AUGGCGGACAAGGAAGCAACAGUCUAUAUUGUGGACGUGGGGAAGUCCAUGGGCCAGCGCCGCAAUGGCCGAGACAUCACGGAUCUCGAAUGGGCUAUGAAAUAUAUCUGGGACUGCAUCACGAACACUGUGGCUACUGGGCGCAAAAUGGCAAUGCUGGGCGUAAUCGGCCUAAAGACUGACGGUACCGACAACGAACUAGGAGAUGAAUCCCACUUCUCGCAUAUUUCUGUUCUGUCGGAGAUCAAGCAAUUUCUUAUGUCUGACAUUCGGGAACUGGGCGAACUAAUCAAGCCGAGCAAUGUCGACAAAGGCGACGCGAUCUCUGCUCUCAUAUUGGCAAUUCAAAUGAUCAUCACCCACUGUAAGAAACUAAAGUGGAAGCGGAAGAUUGUCCUCGUUACGAAUGGAAUGGGACGAAUGAACAGCGAGAACCUUGAAGAUAUUGUCUCGAAGGUCAAGGAGGAUAAUAUCGAGUUGAUAAUCCUAGGGCCCGAUUUCGACGAUGCAGAGUAUGGCACCAAGGAAGAGGAUAAAGAUCCGCGCAAGGCUGCCAAUGAGGCUCUUUUGCGGACUGUCUCUGAACAAUGCGACGGAGUGUUUGGCACGCUUGAACAGGCAGUAGAGGAGAUGGCAACCCCUCGAGUCAAGGCUGUCCGGCCAGUUGCAUCAUUCAAAGGUUUCCUACAACUAGGUAAUCCUGAAGAAUAUGACACGGCGGUCCGCAUUCCUGUUGAGCGGUACCCACGAACAAUGGUAGCGAAGCCGCCAACAGCCAGCCAGUUCGUCCUGCGCUCAAAUACAGCCUCUGGAGAAGAAGGGCAGGAGUCAGCAACCGUCGUUCCUGAAAGUCAGCCUGAAGAUGGUAGCUCCCUCACUAAUGUGAGGAACCUGAGGACGUACCAGGUCAACGAUGAGAGCGCCCCUGGUGGUAAGAUUGAUAUAGAACGAGACGAGUUGGCUAAAGGGUAUGAGUAUGGACGUACAGCGGUCCACAUCAGCGAGACCGAUGAGAAUAUCACCAGACUGGAAACCACUGCUGCGCUGGAAUUGGUCGGAUUCAUCCAGAGCGAGCGGUAUGAGCGAUAUAUGCAUUUGUCUAAUACCCACAUCAUUAUCUCCAGUCGCGCCAACGACAAAGCCUCACUUGCACUAUCCUCAUUCAUACAUGCCCUCUUUGAACUAGAGAGCUAUGCCGUUGCUCGCCUAGUCACAAAAGAGAACAAACCUCCCAUACUGGUUCUGCUCGCGCCUUCAAUUGAGCCAGAAUACGAGUGUCUCCUCGAAGUGCAAUUACCAUUUGCCGAGGAUGUCCGAACAUACCGCUUCCCACCUCUUGAUAAGGUGGUCACCGUGUCUGGAAAGGUGGUAACGCAGCAUCGAAAUCUCCCAAAUGAUGACCUUCUCAAUGCCAUGGACAAAUACGUAGAUAGCAUGGAGCUGAAAGACACAGAUGAAGAUGGGGAUCUGAUUGAUACGCCCUUCCCUAUUGAAGACUCCUUCUCACCUGUUCUACACCGCGUGAAUGCGGCGAUUCGCUCUCGAGCUAUACACCCAAGCGACCCCAUCCCACCCCCAGCAAAAAUUCUCACCCAAUUCUCACAACAACCCGACCAGCUCCUCCAAAACGCAGACCGCCAUCUCAAAAAUCUCAUGGAGGUAGCCGACGUCAAGAAAGUACCUCCCAAAGCUAAAGGCCGCAAACGCGCUCGCGAGCCCGAAAAGCCUCUCUCAGGUCUAGACGUCGACGCCCUCCUGCACCAAGAAAAGCGCGUGCGAAUCUCGCCGAACAACGCAAUUCCCGAAUUCAAACAGACCCUCGCACAAGCCGAGACCAUCGAAACAACGAAGGACGCCGUCAAGCAGAUGCGCUCAAUUAUUGAGGACCAGAUCCGGAAUAGCCUGGGGGAUGCGAACUAUGACCGCGUCACGGAAGGACUGGGCGUUGUCCGCGAGGAGCUGAUAUCCUAUGAAGAGCCGGGACACUACAAUGAGUUUAUCACGGAGCUGAAGGAGGCGCUGCUCAAGGAAAAGCUGGGCGGUGAUCGCAGGGAGCUGUGGUGGCUUGUCAAGAGGAGUAAAUUAGGCUUGAUCGAGCAGCGGGAGUCGGAGCUUUCUGAGGUUACGGAGGAGGAGGCGAAGAAGUUUCUGUCUGCCCAGUAG